AUGUGUUACGCCUUAAAGCCUCUAGGGGCUGUGGCGCUUGCCGGGCUGUCAGGCGACGAGUGGUGCGACCAGCAGCUUCCCCAUUGCGGACAGUGCACUCGCCGGCACGAAGAAUGCCCUGGGUACCGAGAUGAAUGGGAACUCAUCUUCCGCGAUCAGACAAACCAUACUAUAAAUCGGUCCAAGGAGAAAAGGGCGAAGAGGUCGAAGAAGGCGGCCUCGGCCAAGACUAAACACUGGCACCCUCCCGCCGGCGACCUGAGCCACAAUGUUAACGAGAUAGGCGACAACUAUUCUCUCGAGCUCCAAUACUUCAGUCGACCACAACAGUUAGAAUCCACUGGCCGUAAAUGCGAUGGCUAUGAUCUGCAUCGCUUGCCCGUCAGGAAUCGAGCUCUCUCAUUUAUCCAGAGUAUUUACCCUCACCCGGGGUGGGAAACUACCAUGGACGAGCGACGAUGUUUUUCAUACUUUCGAUAUUGCUCCAUCCCUGGCCUCGGAGCUUUCUUCGACUCUCCUCUCUGGCAGAAAAUUAUCUUGCAGAUUAGUCAUGUCGACCCUGCUGUGUAUCAUGCCGCCAAUAUGCUCGGUGCCCUUCACGAAGACUCGAACGCAAACGAAAUGCGCUUGUCUGGGGAAAACCUCCAGCGAGCUCGUCAUCGCUUCGCACUUCAACAGGCCUCGCGAGCUCAUACGUAUCUCUCCCAACGUCAGGCCUCGAACGACCCUCAGUGGCGGGCAGUUAUACUAGUAUGCUGCCUGCUUUUUGUCAUGUCCGAGUUAUUACUAGGACGGUAUGACAAUGCCUUCCAACAUCUGCAUAGUGGGCUUCGCAUCCUCAAAGAGACACAGGACUAUCAUUCAACAAUUAGUCUAGACGAUUCGCUAGUCCACAUCUUCGAACGACUCGACAUCGAAUCUGCUCAUUUCGGGCCUGGCACCCCGUUCUUGUUCAGCCAUUUUGGAAUUGAUGAUAACGUGCAUACUCUGGACCAUUUUUCUAAAAUGCGAACUGUGUCAGAUGUACACCGAAGCGUGACGCUUCUCUUGAACAUGGGUAUCCCUUUUCUCGCCCGAUGCUGGCCAUCCUCCGCUGUUGAAAUUGCAGCAGAAUACAACGAGUUGUUCCAGAAGCAGCAACGGAUUUUGUCCCUGAACUAUGAAUUCCAACACCAUUUUGAGAUAUUCCAUCGCGACUUCUAUCAUACCCUUCGUGGUCGUGACCAGCAAGGAGUUGAUCUGCUUCAACUCCAGAGUCUUGGACAGAUCCUCAGUCUAAAGACCUGUCUCGUCAAAGGACCGGUACCUGCAAGCUUGACACCCGAAUACAUCAGCCUAUUCUCGGCACAUCAAGCAUUUCUAGCAAAGUCUUUUGAUCGCCCAACAUUUACUUUGGACUACGGCGUCGUCCCAGGUUUGUGGGUGGUGGCCUCGCAGUGUCCAGACUAUUCAAUUCGCUUGCAGGCAAUCUACACCUUGCAGACCUGGCCCCACUGUGAGGGAAUCAUUAAUUCUAACGUCAUCGUCUCGAUGGCUUUAAGAAGUCUGAAGGCAGAAUUACGGGCUCGUGGUCAAUUAUACGGCUCAAUUAUAGAUGCUGACAUGGAAGAGGAGCUAUCCAGGUUUCUGUUUGACACAUUGAUGUCGACGCAGCAGGUGACCAACUGGUCGUUCAUUCGCGGAACUGAUCUGCUUCGGAAAUAUUCUUAA